AUGUCAAAACGCUUGAAUUCUCAGCCUAGAAAUGGGCCCGUUACAAAGAUGCAUAGGUCUUCUAACGAUAAACAUUAUCGUAUGGAUGAAAGUGGUGAUAGUUUGUAUGGCACGGGAAUGAACGUGCAGAAAAAGGUGUUACAUAGCGAAAAAACUGUAAAAGGCCCAUUGACUUCAACAUUGGAAAAAGUAGUCCUAACAACUAAUACUGAACCAACAGUCGGAUUUGAGCUGGAAACUAAACUUCAAGUGAUUCACCAACCACUUUGCCUGUGCUGUUCGAAUUCUAAUCGAACUGUGACGUUCGACAUGUUCGACAAUGACGCGACUCCUCCGUACGUGGACGGUCAUCCUUUGCCUCACUGGACAGUGACCACAAAAUCAACGUCAACUAAAUGUGCUCCUCUACAUUCUGCAACCAGUUUCCUUGACAGCCUCAGGGAUAUACUAGGCGACUGA